CUAUAAAUGAUUGCUAUCUACCCAAUAAAGGUCUUUUGUGAAUCCCAGUUUCCCUCUAAGAUACUAGGCGUUUGUCUGUCACUGAGUCUCAACACUGAUAUGAAUGAUAGACUCGUAAUGAGUGCGGCAUCGGAUUGCCAGUCAAACUGGAAUUGCUUUUCCCCUCACUAAUGCAGUGAGAUGCCGCCUUACAUUGCCAGCUCACAAGUAGCUAACUCAUUACUUAACGAGUUAACAAGAGAACCUGAGCCACUGAGCAAGUAGAGAUCCGUGCCUUACCCGACAAGACCUAUGAAUGA